AUGGCUGAGCAAGCAGCCGACCUCACCACCAACCUCGAGGCCAAAAUCAAGAACCCCCUCGAGGGAAUCCCCAAGGCCCAACUAAUGGCCGACGUCGAAACCUGGGCCGAGCGCAAAGGUCUCACCGACCACAUCCCCGUCCUCAAAAAGGGCGCUCUCGUAGCCCAGAACCCAAAGUCUAUCCGCCAUAUUGACGGCGAGCACAAGCUCACAGCCCGCGAGGUCGAGGUCCUUGAGCGAGAGGUCACGCACCGCUGGGACAUGCCCUGGAAGCUCAUCCUCACCAUCGCUACGUGCUCCAUCGGUGCUGCGGUGCAGGGAUGGGAUCAGACUGGUUCCAAUGGUGCAAACAUCUUUUUCCCCGAGGUUUAUGGCAUUGGUGGUAAGACUACAAGGGACAAGCUUCUGGUUGGUAUUGUAAAUGCUGGUCCUUACAUCGGUUCUGCUUUCAUCGGCUGCUGGCUCUCCGACCCUAUCAACAACCUCUGGGGCCGUCGCGGUGUCAUCUUCUUCUCGGCUCACUUCUGCAUCUGGCCCGUCAUCGGUUCUGCCUUCUGCCACACCUGGGAGCAGCAACUAGCCUGCCGUAUCCUUAUGGGUAUCGGCAUGGGUGUCAAGGCUUCAACCGUGCCCAUCUACGCCGCCGAGAACGCUCCCGCUUCCGUACGAGGCGCCCUAGUCAUGUCGUGGCAGAUGUGGACAGCCUUUGGAAUCUUUCUAGGCACAGCUUUCAACCUCGCAGUCUUCCACGUUGACCGUUCCAUCAACUGGCGUCUCAUGCUCGGAGCCCCCUUUAUCCCUGCAGUGCCGCUCGUGUGUCUGAUCUACCUCUGCCCCGAGUCUCCCCGUUGGUAUAUGAAGAAGAACAGAUACCCCGAAGCUUGGGAGUCUCUGAUGCAGCUGCGCCACGACCCCAUCCAGGUUGCCCGCGAUAUUUACUACAUCAGCGCCCAGCUCGAGAUUGAGGACCAGCUUGUUGGACAGACCAACUAUGUCAGCCGCUUCACUCAGCUCUUCACAAUCCCCCGUGUGCGUCGUGCUUCGUUGGCUGCUUUCACCGUCAUGAUUGCCCAGCAGAUGUGCGGUAUCAACAUUAUUGCUUUCUACUCUACUACUGUCUUCAAGGAGGCCUCCAUGACCGAGUUUCAAGCCAUGCUUGGUUCUUUCGGCUUUGGUCUCGUUAACUGGCUCUUUGCUUUCCCAGCCUUCUGGACCAUCGACACUUUCGGCCGACGAAGCCUCCUCCUCUUCACCUUCCCCCAGAUGACAUGGACCCUUCUCGCUGCUGGUCUCUGCACCCUCAUCUCCCCCGACACUGGCACCCUCCGAACUGCCCUGGUGUGUCUCUUCGUCUUCAUGUUCGGUGCCUUCUACUCCCCCGGUGAAGGCCCCGUGCCCUUCACCUACUCUGCCGAGGUCUUUCCCCUGUCCCACCGUGAGACAGGUAUGGGCUUUGCCGUCGCCACAUGUCUCUUCUGGGCCGCCGUCCUAGGAACCUCAUUCCCCUUCAUCCUCGACCGUCUGCAAACCGUGGGCGCCUUUGGUCUGUACGCUGGUUUCAACGCUGUCGCCUUUGUCAUGAUCUUCUUCUGGGUCCCUGAGACAAAGCAGCGCACCCUCGAGGAGCUCGACUGGGUCUUUGCCGUCCCCGUCCGCAAGUUUGCCAGCUACCAGCUCCGCGUCGCUCUCCCUCACUGGUUCAAGCGCUGGAUUCUCUUUGACCGCACUGCCAAGAAGGAGCCCCUGUACCAGUUUGAGAGCAUUGCCAAUGCCAGCAACUCUGACAUUGAGACUCCUGGUGGAAAGAUGUAA